AUGGCGUCGGUCCCCCAGAGGACGCUGAAUUGGCUGUACAGUGUUCUGAUUAGGGACCAUUACGACCCCAGGCAAACAUACCAGGACCCCAACCGGACUUACUACGAUGUCGCAAACGUCCUGGCCAAGUUCCCCAUGCUUACCCCUGAAACCGCAGUCUACACCUAUGAGAAUGGAUUCUCUGCUCUACUACUACAACUCUCGGGCACAUUGCCCGUCACCUUCCGCGGCACUGUCUACAAAUUCCCCAUCGCAUUAUGGAUUCCCAACACGUACCCUCGCGAGCCACCGAUCGUAUACGUGAAGCCGACUCAGGAUAUGGCCGUUCGGGUAGGCCAGCAUGUCACGUUGGAAGGGAGGGUUUAUCACCAUUAUCUGGCGCAUUGGGCCGGGGCUUGGGAGCGAGCCUCCCUGCUUGAUCUUCUCUCGAUUCUCCAGGAUGUUUUUGCGAAAGAGCCUCCCGUCAAAUACAAACAGCAGCAGCCUAUACCGCAACAGGCGCCAACGGUGCCAGCACCCCCUCCUCGUCCUCCAUUACCCGCGGAACUUGGGAAUUCCCCGAUCCAUACAUCCUCGUCCCUAUCGCCCGCUGUUAGCUCCCCUCAACCUGCAUCGCAGGUACCACCACCUCCUCCUCCCAAGCCAGGCCAGCUAUCCAGCCCUGCAGGACUGCAGCAGAACAUUGCUCCAGCACAGCACAAUACUCCGCCGCCGCUGCCUCCCUUGCCACCCAAGGAGCAAAGCACGCGACAGUCCAUAUCUCCGGUACACAUCUCCAUAGGGAAUGCUCAAAGCAGGGACUCUCAGUACCUACCUCAGCAGGGGGCCAUUCCUGUGGGCGCAUAUCCUCCACCCCCGCAACCCGCGCAGCAGCGCAACGGUUAUCCAGGGCCCGCAUAUACCCCAGGACCCGCCCACUUUCCGGCUGCGAACGGGACACACAGUAUACCUCUACAACACCAACCUCCACACCCCCAAGGUCCACAUGUGCCCCCUUAUGCAGCUUAUCACCGCCAACAUCCCCCAGCUCAACAGGUGCAUCCACAUCCACCGCAUCAUGGACCACCUCAUGUCGCUCCGACCAGCCAGCCUCCAGCCUCUCAGUCAAGACCGAAACCGGCAACAGAAGAUCUACUCACAUCUCCCUUCGAGCUCGACCUCCCGUCGUUUACGCCCUCGGGGCCCGCGCCCCCAAUCCCACCAAACCCGGAGAAAGAUGCCCUCCUCCAGGCUGUCUCCAAAGCCGUUACCGAGACCCUCCAUGCGAAUAUCAACCACUCCAAAUCCGCCGCCCAAUCCUUAACCUCCCAAUCCCAGUCACUUCACGCCGCCAUCGCGACUCUCCAAACCGAAAUCUCAUCUCUCACAACCUUAAACUCAACACUCGAAUCUAACACCUCGGUGCUCACUCAAUCUCUUCACCGCGCCGAUGCCGUCAUUGCGGACGCCCAGUCACGCGUCUCAACCACCCAACCAUCCUCCAGCUCGGAUCCCUCUUUAUCCUCCUCGGGUCUCCCUCCUAUCGACGACAUACUUGUUGCUCCCACAGUGGUAGGGAAACAGCUCUACGACCUUGUGGCUGAAGAACGAGGCAUCCAGCAAGCUAUCUAUGCUCUCCAAUCCGCCCUCGUCAAGGGAGUUAUCGGCCUCGAUACCUGGUCUCGCCAUACGCGUGGUCUAGCACGCGAGGCGUUCUUGAAGCGCGCUCUGAUCCGGAAGAUCGGGAAGGGUAUGGGGCUAGAGGAUUACUGA